AUGACAGGCCAGGGGCUCCGCCCUGCGCUCUGGCACCACCUCUCCUCGCCCCGCCUCCGCGCGGGGCACGCCGGGAGCGGUAGUGCGGGCGGUGCCGGACGGGCGGCCGCCAUGGCCCCCGGAGCGGCGGCGGCGGCGGCGUCGCUGGCCCUGGCGCUGCUGCUGGCGGCCCGCCCGCCCGCCGCCGCCUGGGACCUGCGGGCGCUGAGCUGCGGCUUCUCGGCGGACUGCGAGUGCGGCUUCGGGCCCGACCUGCGCGGUCUGGAGUGCGAGUUGGCCAUCAGUCUGGUGGGGCAGCCCCUGGUGAGGCAGCAGGUGAUGAAGGGAGUGAAGGAGUUCCUGGAGAACCAGAAUCCAGUGAAACCCCUCGUGAUGUCCUUCCAUGGCUCGACUGGAACAGGCAAAACCUACGUGAGCUCCAUGCUCAUCCGCUACCUCUUCCAGGGUGGCCUCCAGAGCCCCUAUGUUCACCAGUUCUCUCCGAUAGUGCACUUCCCCCACGCUGAGCAGAUAGAGCAGUACAAGGAAAGCCUGAAGCGCUGGAUCCAAGGGAACUUGACAAACUGUGGACGGUCGGCCUUUCUCUUUGACGAGAUGGACAAGAUGCACCCGGGCCUGAUCGAUGUAAUCAUACCAUUCCUGGGACCCUCGUGGGUUGUGUAUGGGACCAACUACCGCAAAGCGAUCUUCAUCUUCAUAAGCAACGCAGGAGGGGAGCAGAUCAACGAGAUGACGCUGGAUCUCUGGCGUGCCCGCAAGGACCGGGAGGAGAUCAGCCUGCAGGACCUGGAGCCAGCCAUCUCCAAAGCCGUGUUUGAAAACCCUCAGAGUGGAUUCUGGAAAUCUGGGAUCAUUAACGAACAUCUCAUUGAUUUUGUUGUGCCCUUCCUCCCAUUGAAGCGCCACCACGUAAAGCAGUGCGUCGUCAGCGAACUUGUCCAGCAAGGCCUCGAAGUCCGUCCCAGUGUUGUCCAGGAGGUGGCUGACAGCAUCCCCUACUUCCCAGAAGAGGAGAAAAUAUUCUCAUCAACAGGCUGCAAAACAGUAGCCUCUCGGAUCAGUUUUUUCUUCUAGUCACUGGCAAGGGCCUUGCUCAGAUCCAUAGGGGAUGUAUAUGGAGCUGUAAAGCGGCAGAGCCCAGGGCUGGCAGGAUGAGCAGUGGGAGCUGUGUGUUCCCUCUCGGCAGCAGAAGCGCUCUCCUGCUGAACUCCUCGCUCCAGCCCCACGGAGGCCGCUGCAGGAUGCGGCUGCGGGACCAAGUGCAAGGGAUGGGAUUUAAAGCACUUUACUGAUUUACCCUUGGCCAGGUGAGGGUGGAUACGACCAGCCCGGCGUACCACCCAAGACAUCUGUGAUGACAAGGGGGAGAUGCCAAGAGGGCUUGCUGUGUCAGGGAGGUUUCUCACCCUGUCAGCAGCACCCACCUGCAGCUCUCCCCUCGCUUGGCAGCUAUUGAUAGCCAACAUAUCAAGAUUCUGAGCCCACAGAAGAAUAUUUCUUUCCUACAACAUUUUAACAGUUUUUUAAAACCUUUUUAAGCGUGGCUGUGCCUCAGCUCCUUGGUACAACGUGACAGCGCUGGCGCUGACUCCUGCAGCGCUGGCCUGCGAACACCUUCAACAUUGCAGCAAAGUUAUCUUUUCAAGGAAGUUUUAGAGCCAACUUCUUUCCAGCUUCCUUUCACUGUGAAUAGGUGCUGGUGGGGACCAGCUUCACCGCCAACAAGU